AUGACUAUCAAGAUGACAACGUCUUAUGGCGCAGACAAGUGGGUCGACUUGUCCUUGUUCCAGAGCAUUGUUGAUAUUGCAGAACUGCUGGAUUUUGCAUCGUUGGACGAGUCUUACAUUGCCUUCAUGCCAUCUGCAAUCAACUUAGACAAGCCAAGGGUGGAUGAGGUUUGUAUAAAACCACAACCUUCGUUACACAGUAGCGCCGUGAGACUUCAAGACUCCGAGCUACCUCUGUUGCUGGCAAGCUCCCUCCCAUCUCAAUAUCUGAAAACACAUGAUGAGGUCCCCCAAAUUCAACUUUCGAGCUCCGGCGAGUCUACCAGGGUCAAGGAGCAUAGACGGCCUGCCAUCCUAAAGUGUCGCCUUCGUGCUGAAGUCUCGUUGCAUCGCUGUGAAGUCGUCUGGCUAGGGGAGAUUCGUUUCACUCAGAGUGCCAAGUGUCUCGGCAAUUCCAACUUUUUCCCCUCGUCAAGCAAGAAAUCAGCCAGCAGACCUGCAACGGCGACAAGUAAAGCCAAUGUCGUGGGCGCACUCAGUUCGCAGCCCAUCAGCACCUUCCCUGAGAAUCAAGCUGUUUUGCGCACGCUCUCACGUAGUGCGCAAUUCGAAGAAGCAGAGGAAGCGCUGACAGCCCAAAUCCUGCCAAAGCUGAGGACCCUAUCGCGCCAGAGCCACCGCCAGUGUACUUACGCCACAGGACUGGUCGAGUAUCAGAGUAGGCCGUGCAUCAUGGUUGUGGUGGACGAACCUGACCGCCUGGCAGGAUGCCUCGACUCAACAUAUGGCGGUCUGGCCGUGGUCGUUCUCAAGGUUCAGCUUGCACGCAUGCUCACCUGGCAAACCGAACCACUGGUGAUCAGUUGUGGAAAUGACCAGCAAUGGCCAUACCGAAUCCAUGCUGCCUCUUUAGCACAUCAUGCUGACUUUGUGCAAUGGCUAUAUGCUCCCGCCUUAGGUCCGCCGACCGCCACUUUUGUGGAUCGGUUUCGUACCAAACCAAUUCGGCUUGCCACUUGGCUAUGUCUGCGUCCUGUCACAAACGAUUGGUUCAAGCGUCUCAUGUGCGAAGUCAGCCCAAGCCGGGACACUCGGCCUAUUUCACAACAGGCUCCACUUGUGCGUGCUUUGCCAGCACAAUUCGAGCAGUGUCGCAUUGUCAGCCCCGCAGAUGAUGACCUGGCCUUGAUGCUCAAGGAGCUAGAGGCAGACAUAGCCAAGUGGCAAGCCGAAUUGGUUUGGUACGAAACCGAUCCACAAAAGUGGCGGUCGGCGGACCUAAGGCGGGAGCAUAUAGCCAUUGCACAAAGUCAGCAUGAUGUGCUAAAGAGGCAGCAUGGAUUCGGUAUGACCAUUGCUGGUCAUUUCCACCUGCCGGAACGUGGCAAUCGCUAUUACAGUGACUGUGCUCUCAUACAACUGACAAACCCUACGAAAAUUACAGUCAGGAGCAACCUCAUCGGUCCUGGCGGGAAAUAUUGUGAAGGCUUUAUUGACCCAGAACUCCUUGUUGGCAGGGAGGAACUCUUCAAGAUUGGCCGCAGUUCAGGGCUGACAACGGCGAGUCUCAAUGGCUACAAGCUCAUUGCUGCUAUGAAUACGCCGUUUGGGGUUGCCGAGGAAGUUCCGAGUUACGCGAUGUGGAAGGAGGAUUAUCAGAACAUUGUGUCGCAACCAGGAGACUCUGGAGCCGCGGUCAUUUGGGCAGAACAUUCCAUGGCUGUCGGACUGCUCUUCGGCGGAGUGAUGGUCGAAGUUGAAACAAAACAUGGAAGAAGAGUGGUUGAUUCGAGCCUAUUCCAGAAUAUUCUCGACAUCGCUCAAUUGCUAGACAUAGAGCCCCUUGUCGACUAG